AUGACGGGUUCCGGGCGGUGGACGCGAAAGCCCACGGCUGCCUCAAGUGCACCCGCGCGCGGUACUUCUCUUUACUAUGGGGCUCCACGACCAGAGAUAAACAAAGAAAUAACAGACCAAAACCAGCAAGAAAAAAGCAUCACACAAAGCACAGGGCGGCGAGGCGAGAAAAAGAAAUCCGAAAGCUUCGACAACGCUAACCCGCCUGCUCCUUCCAACCCGAUGCACCAAAACCGCAGAAUCCCUUAUACAAAUGCGUAUCAACGAAUAUCAACCAACGCAGAAACCCGCCACAAUGCAGGGUUGCAAUAUGGACAACAUAAGUGUGAGCGCCCAGUUCGUGAGUGGGGCGUGAAGUAG